GCCUACUACGAGACAUACACUCGAGCCUCCCAUGUUGGGAAACUUGCUUUGCGUCCUGAGGACUAUGAGUCGGCCGAGCUCAAGGACCAGAGAUGGGCACGCGUGGACAAGCGGGCAGCGGCCAUGCUUAUGGCAAGCUUCUCCGAUUCUGUGAAGGAGGAGCUUUUGGCCUCUCGUUUGAAUGGCACCUUGGCCAUUCUUGCAAGGGUGGUGGUACUUUACCGUCCAGGCUCGGUGGUGGAGAGGCAACAGGCGCUGGCUUCUUUGGAGUCUCCCCCGCCUGCCGCGAAUGCUAAUGAGGCCGUGGCUUCCUUGAGAAAGUGGGGAAGGUGGAUGUCCCGCGCCACGGAUAUGGGGCUACAGAGGCCGCUGCUGGAUCACCAGGACAUCAGCUUCCGCAUCAGCAUGCUCAGGUACACGCUGGAGGUGGACACAAGGCAAUCGAUGGCGCCGGAAUACCUGCCAGUACCCAACCGGCUGGAGAACCUAGCCCUGGUGGCCAAUGCGAAGGCUAGUGCUGCCAAGUCCUCCUCGUCAACUUCGGCAACAACAACUGUACCACCUAAGGCUGCACCGGCCCAGGCCAAGGCGGCGGUGGUGACAUCGGUGUCCUCCUCCAGUGGUGGGGACUCAGGAACCGUGCCACCUGUGGAAGUUCCGGACUCCGACUUGAAGAAUCUUCUGCAAGAGGCCAAUGCUAUGUUAAAGGAGAUGCGGCAGUUAAAGAUGUUGUCUUUGCGUUCAACAGAGGUUGAGAACAUGGCGAGUUUUCACCAUUGUAAUCAUCAAGAUGGUCGCAGCGGGCUUUUGGACUCAGGUGCAUCUCAUGCCUUUCGAGUGGCUAGGGAUGAAGAGGUUGAGGCCGCCGCCAAGGUUAAGGUCCAGCUUGCCAACGGUGCUGAGGUCACUUUGGCACAAAAUCGUGGAGGAACGCUGCUGGCGACAUCGGCUACUUCUGGUGAGGCUGUCCCUAUAGUUCCUCUUGGCUCACUUGUCCAAGACCUUGGAUGUGAUCUGACUUGGACUCGGCGCAGAGGCCUCGAGAUCAAGCAUCCCAGCCAUGGGGUCAUCAAGCCGCGUGUGGUUGGAAAAUGUCCGUUGGUUGGUGAGGCCUGCGCCUUGGAUCUGAUCCGAGAGUUGGAGGAACUGAAGGUGGCAGAGCUUGAAAUGGCAACUUCGCGGACUGCCAAUGCUAUAUGGUCUUGGGGCUGUGAGCAGGACUGGGCUACCCACCUUGAGUCCUUUUUGGCAGAUGGAAGUCGGGGUUCCCAGCUGUUGGCUUUGAGUGCGAGUGAUUCGCCUUUUCGAGCUUUGACUGAUUUGCAGAGGGCUUCCUUGGCAGAAGAAAUCCUCCUCACCGAUAAGGCUGGCUGGGACUACUUGAACGCAUUUCCGGUCUCGAGACAGAAGAGAAAGAGGAUGUUGGCGGCCAAAUGGAUCGUUCACCUCUAUGCGGGAGCUGGGAAGGGAGCUGACCCUGUCCUCAAGGAGCUUGAUGAUGGCCGUGUCCUGCUUGAGGUGGAUAUAACCCGAUCCAAGGCCGUUGACAUGAACAGGUUCGGAGGAGUGUAUCGCGGCUUGUUAUGGGCUGCAGCAACUGGCCGUGUGGCAGGAGUUAUUGGAGCGCCCCCUAGCCGAAACUCAUCCGACGCGCCAUUGGUGAUGAAGCAGCUGUGGUUAACGCUUGUGGCUAAGGCUGCAGCAAUCAGGCAGGGUGAGUUUCCAGUGUUUGCAGUUGUUGAGGGCCGCAAGCUCUUUGAGACCAUCAAGGGUGGCUUUGGCCAAGGGUGGGAAGCUCUUCGGGAAGUUUGGCCUUUGGUAUUGGAGGAGAUGCGUUUGGAAGAAGUAGCUGGGGUCAUGGCUACCAACCUGGACUUCAUUCUUCCUUUGGAACGUACUACUUCCACGGGUAUAACAUGGAGUUCCUCCUUCAAGACGGCGAUUGUGGAUGCGGUACGGCGCUGGAGAAGGGAGCCUGAGGCGCUUCAGGUUGUCAAGUGGGCUAAGAAGCUUGAUGUCAAGGGUUUUUUGGAGGGCUUCUCCGAGAAGGAACUUCGAAUGUGGCGCACCCAUGUGAGGAACAAUCACACUCCAUACAAUAGGAGAUGCCGUACCUGCGUUGCAAGCUCCGGAGUGGGGCGCAUGCACAGACGCAUCAAGCAUCCAAGCGCGCAUUGCCUCAGUCUUGACAUAGCAGGCCCAUUCCGCAAUAAAGCGGCAGACCCAGACCACCGCAACUAUCGCUACGUGCUGAUCGGUGCGUACACCUACCCCAAGCUGGAGAAGACUGAGGGGAAGAGUGGACGGGCUAAGAACGAGCCAAGGGCUGCUUUGGGUUCUCAUGGUGACCAACAUCCUCCAGACGAUUGCCUAGAGUAUGCCCCCUCAGGUGAUGAAGCGGAGGAGGAUGACAUUUUUGUUGAGGAUGUAGAGGAGGAGUUUGAGAAAAUCUUCCAUGAAGUUGGUGAGGAGUUCGACAUGGACACCUUCUACAUCUCCCGCUCAAACCAAGAAGCUGCUUACAGCGACCUCCCUUCCAAAGUCGUGCUGGGCGAUGGCUUCUGUGUAUGCAACUUGGGCAAGAAGAGUGGGCAUGUGGUGCGUUUUGAGGAUGGACAGUUCAUGACCUCUGCACAUUUGCGUCCAACAAGAAGAGUACGGGAAAAAUCUUCCAUGGAAGGUGUUGCAGGAGCGGAUCCCAUGGAUAUAGAUGUUGGAGAGCACGAUCCCGAGCAUGCAGCAGAACAGUAUGCCCUUGGACUUCUUAAGGAGGAGCACCUGGAGCCAGACCAGUUGGAGAUGCUGGCGUACCUGCUUCCGGCAACUACGGCUGCGCCAAAGCGUUUUGGAGCUCAGGAUGGACAGAAGGUUUGGGCAUCCGGAGCUUUCAUUCAUGGUCCUUUUGCAGGCUUGAAGAAGGCCACUACAGCCUUCCCAUUCGCCACCAAGGUCCUGGCUAAGUAUGUUCGACAAAUCGCUCCCAACCAUGAGUUCAACUCUUUGGCGGUGAACAUCAAUGUGGAGGCAAAGGGCCACAAGGACAUCCACAAUGUGGGUACGAGUAUGAUAGCGGCUUUGUCGUCCUUCAAGGAAGGUGGUUUGGAGGUUGAUGGCCCUGGUGGUGUGGAAGUUUUGGAUGUGGGUCAAGUGCCUAUUUUCUUCAAUCCCAAGCACACGCACUCCACGCGGUCUUGGUCAGGUGGCAAUCGUGUGGUGCUACUGGCUUACUCGGUCCGGGACAGUGCUAAGAUGAGUGCAGAAGACGCAGCCUGUUUGAAUGAGAUGGGUUUUGUGUG